UUAACCCCCACCAGUUCCCUCCUCCCCCCUCUGCGGGAGAGAGGGGGCGGCAGCGUAGCCUAGUGGUUAGAGCGUUGGACUAGUAACCGAAAGGUUGCAAGAUCGAAUCCCCGAGCUGACAAGGUACAAAUCUGUCGUUCUGCCCCUGAACAAGGCAGUUAACCUACUGUUCCUAGGCCGUCAAUGAAACAAAGAAUUUGUUCUUAACUGACUUGCCUAGUUAAAUAAAGGUUAAAAAAAGAAGGGAUCUUGUUGAAGUCAUUCAUUGCAAACCUGAUCUGACCUAUUUGGAUCCUCACAGGACAGUCUGUAAUCCCGACAUAUUUCAAGCUGACUACCAUUGUCCGUGUUCCCAAGAACUCCAAGAUCCACAGAUGAAGCAAUCUCAAUUGAGAGGGGAAAUACCUAUGUGAGAAUACUGUUCAUAGACUACAGCCCAGCAUUCAACACCAUAGUCCCCUCCAAGCUAGGGACCUUGGGACUGAAGACCUCCUUCUGCAACUGGAUGCUGGACUUUCUGACGGGCCGGCCCCAGGUGGUGAGGAUAGGCAAGAACACCUCUGCCACACUGAUCUUCAACACGGGAGGCCCUCAGGGAUGCGUGCUUAGUCCCCUCUUGUACUCCCUGUUCACCCAUGACUGUGUGGCCACACACGACUCCAACACCAUCAUCAAGUUUGCUGACGACACGAAGGCGAUGAGAGGUCAGAGACUUGGCAUUGUGGUGCCAGGACAACCUCUUCCUCAAUGUCAGUAAGACCAAGGAGCUGAUCGUGGACUAUAGGAGCAAGAGGGGAGAGCACGUCCCCAUCCACAUCAACAGGGCUGUUAAAGGGUCUUGCUCUGACCCUACCCACAAUCCCUAGACUGUAUACAAACCAUAUGCACACACACACAUACUACAUUCACACUCCCACACAAAAUCCACACACACACAAACCGACACAACCCAAACACACAUGCGUACACAUUACACACUCACAAACAAACACACACCUUUACACUCAUUUGCUGCUGCUGCUCUGUUCUUUAUUUUGCUAUUAUUAUUAUCUAUCCUGAUGCCUAGUCACUUUACCCUGCCUUGUACAUAUCUACCUCAAAUACCUCGUACCCCUGCACACUGAUUUGGAACUGGUACUCCUUGUAUAUAGCUUUAUUCUUGGGUAUUUUAUUACACCGUUACAAUAUAUACAGUACCAGUCAAAAGUUUGGACACACCUAUUCAUUCCAGGGUUUCUUUAUUUUUUACAAUUUUCUACAUUGUAGAACAUCAAAAGUAUGAAAUACCACAUAAGGAAUCCUGUAGUAACCAAAAAAAUCGAAAUAUAUUUUAUAUUUGAGAUUCUUCAAAGUAGCCACCCUUUUCCUUGAUGACAGCUUUGCACACUCUUGGCAUUCUCUCAAUCAGCUUCAUGAGGGACUCACCUGGAAUGCAUUUCAAUUAACAGGUGUGCCUUGUUCAAAGUUAAUUUGUGGAAUUUAUUUCCUUAGUGCUUUUGAGCCAAUCACUUGUUUUGUGACAAGGUAGGGGUGGUAUACAGAAGAUAGCCCUAUUUGGUAAAAUACCAAGUCCAUAUUAUGGCAAGAACAGCUCAAAUAAGCAAAGAGAAACGAAAGUCGAAUAUUAUUUUAAGACAUGAAGUUCAGUCAAUCUGGAAAAUUUCAAAAACUUUGAACGUUUCUUCAAGUGCAGUCACAAAAUCCAUCAAGCGCUAGACCCAGAGUUACCUCUGCUGUAAAGUUCAAGUAACAGACACAUCUCAACACUAGCUUGGAGAUCCGUUACAGGAUGUCUGUCACCCCACUGAGCCCCUAUUGCAGGUUAGGGGUCACAUCCACUUGAAUGUCCUUCAUAUGACGAACCUCCUACAGAGCAAAUGAGGAAAAUAUGAUAUAUUAUGAUUUAUGUUAGUAACAAUACAAUAUGGGAAUUUUAUCCCAAAGCUACCUACAGCUAACAUAUAUAUUUAUGUAUGUGAUCUAUGUAAAUAAAGGAGUAUAACACAGCUGUAAAACUGUGAAGGACUAUAUGGUGGAGGCCUACCCAUUUCCCAGGAGCAUUGUAAAAAGUGGAUUUGGGUACAGUGUUUAUUUCCCCCUAAUAUCUUUGAAGAUUACACCUAAAAUAAUUAGGCCUACUUCUUUCUACUGCUGAUCUGAGACCAUUAGGGUUAAACACUACAGAUAUAAAUGCAAUAUAUGGAGUAGAAAAGAUUGCCUGCCCACCAAAGAAUCAACAUACGUUCUACAUGGUCUAUUUCUAUCUGAAAGUAACACCUCAAUCAAGCUUGUUAAUUGAUCGUUAAGUCCUGUUUGUCAGGUAAAAGGUCAUUAGUGGCCUAUAUAAGCCUCAUACAGGCCACGGGAAGACAUUACCUGUUGAUAACACAGACUAUUCUCAUGAUCAUGGGAGGUUUGAGAGAAUUACUGCUCUUUGUGAUGACUGUGGGGGUUGUCAAAGUUUCUUGUUACCCUGUUGGAAAGUCCCAGAAGCAAGAGCAAGUCUCUCUGCAGAGCAGACUUGGAGAGCUGUCAUCAAAUGACGUCUCCAUUGUGCAUGCCCUGGCCUUGCUCCGAUCCAUAGGGUCUGACGCUAAACAAGACAGAGAAGAGUAUUUAGAGACUAAUGAAGUAGAAUCCCAAGCUUCUCCAAACCAUGGUAGCUCUACGGCAAAUGAUGCCCUGUCCUCUGACGACGCUACCUCUGAAGCUGCCACUGGCCCGUCUGACGACGCUACCUCUGAAGCAGCCUCUGGCCCGUCUGACGACGCUACCUCUGAAGCUACCACUGGCCCCUCUGACGACGCUACCGCUACCUCUGAAGCUACCACAGGCCCCUCUGACGACGCUACCUCUGAAGCUGCCCCUGGCCCGUCUGACGACGCUAGCUCUGAAGCUGCCCCUGGCCCGUCUGACGACGCUACCUCUGAAGCUGCCACUGGCCCUUCUGACGACGCUACCUCUGAAGCUGCCACUGGCCCGUCUGACGACGCUACCGCUACCUCUGAAGCUGCCACUGGCCCGUCUGACGACGCUGCCACUGGCCCGUCUGACGACGCUGCCACUGGCCCGUCUGACGACGCUGCCACUGGCCCGUCUGACGACGCUGCCACUGGCCCGUCUGACGACGCUGCCACUGGCCCGUCUGACGACGCUGCCACUGGCCCGUCUGACGACGCUGCCACUGGCCCGUCUGACGACGCUGCCACUGGCCCGUCUGACGACGCUGCCACUGGCCCGUCUGACGACGCUGCCACUGGCCCGUCUGACGACGCUGCCACUGGCCCGUCUGACGACGCUGCCACUGGCCCGUCUGACGACGCUGCCGCUGCCACUGGCCCGUCUGACGACGCUACCGCUGCCACUGGCCCGUCUGACGACGCUACCGCUGCCACUGGCCCGUCUGACGACGCUACCGCUGCCACUGGCCCGUCUGACGACGCUACCGCUGCCACUGGCCCGUCUGACGACGCUACCGCUGCCACUGGCCCGUCUGACGACGCUACCGCUGCCACUGGCCCGUCUGACGACGCUACCGCUGCCACUGGCCCGUCUGACGACGCUACCGCUGCCACUGGCCCGUCUGACGACGCUACCGCUGCCACUGGCCCGUCUGACGACGCUACCGCUGCCACUGGCCCGUCUGACGACGCUACCGCUGCCACUGGCCCGUCUGACGACGCUACCGCUGCCACUGGCCCGUCUGACGACGCUACCGCUGCCACUGGCCCGUCUGACGACGCUACCGCUGCCACUGGCCCGUCUGACGACGCUACCGCUGCCACUGGCCCGUCUGACGACGCUACCGCUGCCACUGGCCCGUCUGACGACGCUACCGCUGCCACUGGCCCGUCUGACGACGCUACCGCUGCCACUGGCCCGUCUGACGACGCUACCGCUGCCACUGGCCCGUCUGACGACGCUACCGCUGCCACUGGCCCGUCUGACGACGCUACCGCUGCCACUGGCCCGUCUGACGACGCUACCGCUGCCACUGGCCCGUCUGACGACGCUACCGCUGCCACUGGCCCGUCUGACGACGCUACCGCUGCCACUGGCCCGUCUGACGACGCUACCGCUGCCACUGGCCCGUCUGACGACGCUACCGCUGCCACUGGCCCGUCUGACGAC